UCGAUGGGUGCCCCGAUGAGAUUACGCAAGGAAGUCGGGAAAGAACGGUACAAAAACCUGGAAGUUUGCCUAGGGGUCGCCGGAGCUGAGCACCGUCGUCACUUUCGCACGUUAAACCGCCGCUGGAGCUGAACGCCGGCGCCACUUUCCGUUUUUCAAUUCAACCGUUGGUCUCUUGCGGGGAUUCUCCAAUCCUCCAAUUCGGCUCGUUCUCACGUUGGUUCGCUAGGUUCUCUCUCCAAUUGCCCCAUCCUCAGCCCAUUUCUAGGGCUGCGCCUGCAACUCCCAUUCACGCUGUUGGCUUACCGCAGAAGUCUACGAAUUGGCGGUCCACUUUGUCCAGGGUUUUUGAUUCGAGCCUUCUGCGUGUUCUGGAACCCUAGUUCCGAACUUCGACCCCGAUGGCUUUGGCGAAGCAUGGGUUUUCUUAGAUGGAUGACGGGUUGUUAGUGUCUGACUUUACUGGGAUUUAUCGAUGGGCGGGUUGAGCAACCGGAAGCGCGGAGAUGAGUUCUCGAGCUUGAGCAACAGACAGCCGAAUCUCCAUAGAUCACCGGAUUUUCACGUCUCGAAGAGGCCGAGGCUGUUCUCGUCGAUGCAGCAAUCUCCUGGACGGGCCGUUUCUUCGAAUAGCGCUGUUUCCAGGAUCUCCAGAUAUCCGGAAGCUACUAGCAAGUUGCACCGUGAAGUUCAUGCCCCGGUUAGGACAAGCAAAUUUGGGUCUUCUUCAUCUGUAUUAGGUAGGGGUUCUUCCGAUAAAGAAGAAUACAGUAGUGAUUACAUGGGUAAUGUGUUGGACAAGUACAAGAAGGCGAAGGCGAGCGCACUGCGCACGCUGAGAUAUUUGACAAAGAAGGAAGUGAUUGAUUUGGUGGAUGAGGAACCUGGGAAGGAGAUUGCAUCCCCAGAUUCGAGUAUAGAGGAAAUAGAUGGCUUUGAAGAUGGAAGAGAGAGGUCUGUUGUGUCGGGUAGUAGGUCAAAGGACGAAUAUCAGGUCGCGGGAAAUGCUCAAGAAUCCAUGGUGUCGGAGCUGAGUAAUUGGAAUGUGGGGAUGGAGAAUGCAGAGAAGAGAUUGGACAGGUUGUCCUUAAAUGCCGAUGGUCUUGAGGUUUUGAGCAAAUCUGCCUACCAGAAGCUGCUUGAAGAUGCGAAGAGGCGGGAUGCUAAACUUGGAAAUUUGGAUUUUGAGAUAAAAUUACACGAGGAAAAAAGGUUAUUGUUUCAAGAGUUGCGUCCAGCCAGAAAACCCGAUGGGAGAGUACCUAGUGAACCUUUCAUUCCUCUUACGGAUGAGGAGGAGGCAGAGGUUGAACGUGCCCUUUCUGGCAACCGGAGGAGGGUUCUUGUUAAUCACGAGAACUCUGGCAUUGAGAUCACAGGAGAAACCCUGUUGUGCCUUGGACCUGGUGCUUGGUUAAAUGAUGAGGUCAUAAACUUAUAUCUUGAGUUAUUGAAGGAAAGGGAGAAAAGAGAUCCACAGAAGUUCUUGAAGUGUCAUUUUUUCAACACAUUUUUCUACAAGAAGUUAACAAGUGGCAGGAGUGGGUAUGACUUUAAAGCUGUCAGAAGGUGGACUACUCAGAAAAAGUUGGGUUAUAGCCUAAUCGACUGUGAUAAAAUAUUUGUGCCAAUCCACCAAGAGAUACAUUGGUGUCUAGCGAUCAUCAACAAGAAAGAUGAGAAAUUUCAAUAUUUGGAUUCCCUUGGAGGGAGGGAUUCUCGAGUGUUGAAAGUGUUGGCCAGAUACAUUGUGGAUGAGGUGAAGGACAAGUGCGGGAAAGACAUAGCUGUAGGCUCGUGGGACCAAGAAUAUGUCUCAGACUUGCCUGCACAGGAAAAUGGAUUUGAUUGCGGCAUGUUCAUGAUCAAGUAUGCUGAUUUCUAUAGCAGAGGGCUCGGGCUUUAUUUCGACCAGGAUCAUAUGCCCUAUUUUCGGCGGCGAACAGCAAAGGAGAUUUUGAGACUAAGAGCUGAUUGAAUGAUGUUGUAAAGACAUUGGGAUUCAAAUUUACAAAUUUUGGCAUUAAAAGACGAAUUCCUUUUAGUUAAAAGCACCGGGCUUUUGCCUAGUGGAAUUUUUGAUACAUUCUAUGUGUUGAAGCUAAUGCAUGACGGUGUUAAAGCAUGGUUUACAAUGAAAGAGUGAAGUUGUAAAUACAUAAAAUGGAGCACUGCUUCAUGAAAAAUUAGUUGCAGCGUGUAAAGAAGGUCAAUGGGCAUUUCAGCUUUGAAUUGCUCUCGUUUCA